ACCCAGGCUCCUUAAAGACCAGCCCAGGAGGGGGAAAGGGGCUUCUUGGGGAAUUCGCCAGCCAGACAGGUGGGUCUGGUUUUCUGCAUCGCCAGCAGAGAAGGGUUGCAUGAAGAUCUAAAGAUGGCAAAAACUGACAAUGGCAUACGCAUCUGUCAGGGUCUAUUAAUCCUGGGGAAUGUGGUCAUUGGGAUGUGCGGUAUUGCCCUGACAGCAGAAUGCAUCUUCUUUGUGUCAGAUCCCCAUGGCCUCUACCCUCUGCUGGAAGCCACAGAAAAUGAUGACAUCUAUGCUGCGGCCUGGAUUGGUAUCUUUGUUGGCUUUGCACUCCUCGCUCUGUCUAUCCUCGGCAUCAUUGGAGUCAUAAAGUCCAACAAGACUUUGCUACUGGUGUAUAUUAUUCUGAUGCUGAUCACUUAUGCAUUUGAAAUGGCUUCUUGCAUCACGGCAGCAACUCACCGAGACUUUCUUACUCCAAACCUCUUCCUGAAGCAAAUGCUGGAGAGGUAUCUGAAAUCAGAUGCAGACAAUAACAAUGACAAAUGGAUGACCGAAGGGGUCACACAGACAUGGGAUAAUCUCAUGCUUCAGAACCAGUGCUGCGGGGUGAAUGGGCCCUCGGACUGGCAGGACUACACAUCUGCUUUUCGCGUGACGCACAACGACGCCGACUAUCCUUGGCCACACAACUGCUGUGUCAUGGACAACCGAGGUGAACCCAUCAAUCUUGAUGGCUGCAAGCUUGGGGUCCCCGGCUUCUAUAACAGCAACGGUUGUUACGAUGCUAUUUCUGGGCCACUGAACAGGCAAGCCUGGGGUGUUGCCUGGUUUGGUUUUGCCAUCCUCUGCUGGACUUUCUGCGUCCUCCUCGGAACCAUGUUCUACUGGAGCAGAAUUGCAUACUGAAGGCUCAACAUCCUCAGCCUUACCAUGAAGCAUUCUUUGAAACUGCAUUCACUCAUCUCCUGCUCCAUUCACCUUGUGCCACUGGGGACCUGAAGCUUUCCCUCUAUCUCUCCCAUAUUGCUUUAGCCCCUCAGAAAACACGACACACUAAUAUCACACACUUCUUGUCCCUCCUUCUGCUGUCUAAAUGUCUCCUGGAUGAGGUAAAACCUUUAUUUUGCUGUGUGAGAAAUCCUUGGAGCUAAGAUAAGACACAAUCUGAUUUGUUCUGUGAUAGCAUCACAGAGGAAAAUGUCCAUCUAUAGUUGCUCCAGAAAAGUCCCUCUCUAAAACUAGGCUGAAAGUAAAUCACAAUGCUAUAGGUUCUGGCAAGAACUGCCUGAAUAAAGCUGUAACCUCCUGUGACCAAUAAAGGCGGGUGCAGCAAGGGAGAAGACUGCAGAACUCUCUAAUAUAUUUUAUCUUUCAACUUCUGUUCCUGGUAUCCAUCACUCCUUGCCUUAAAGUAAGGAAGAUUUUCUAAGAGUUUAAAUGUGUCAGCAGCAAAGACAUAUCACAGAUGAAAAGUCUACUGCUAGCCAAGCUCAAUGAAAGACUAGCUCACUCCUCUGCAAUGUGCUGCCCGUGUUCAAACCUACCUCCCUGUGAAACUACUGCUUCUUCUCUACCUUAAGAAGUGCCAGACCAUGAAAAAUUCCACGAGCAACUCCAUCAAAAUCUGCACGUGCUUCACACAGGAUUUCACUAGAAUAUGUGCAGAAUACAAGGGGUCCUGUGCUCCAGCUGGCUUUGUGGCAGGGGCUGUCCCACACCCCUCAAUCACCCUGCUGUCUACACAGAUGUGCUCAUGUCCUCCUUGCACUCCAUACCCCAGAUCAGGCAGGCCAGGCAGCAAAAAAAAAAAGGCAAAAAUCUUGUGAAAAAUGCCAUCAGGGUGCUCUCCAAACCAAAUCCAGUCAGUUCAACUGCGGUUCACUUCGGCACAGGCUGAUCUGGUGUCUUUCCGAGUGGAUGCUUCAGUUACAUGUUCGUGCAAACAUCCUCUGGGGUAGAGCAUUUUAAGGUGUGCUGUCUCAGACUGUGACAGUUUGCCAGCUACUUUCAUUCCUUGUUUUUGUAUA